CGGGCAGCUUGGAUUUAAGUCAGAAGGCAACUUUGAGUUAAGUCUGAAUUAUUACUGACUUAAUAUUUAAGUGUUCUGCUACAAACUACAAGAAGACAAGAAAAUCGCUGAAGAAAAGUUGAAAGUGUUCUCUGAAGAAAAGCUGUAGUACCCGGCUUGAAACAGGAGAAAAACAAGAGACUAAUUGACACAGCAGGAUUGCAUCCCAAAGAUUCUUUGUUUAAACAUCCCAGGUCUGAUGCGAAGACUGAGGUGAAACAGGGUGAGAAAGUCGUUCGAACGCGGCAGAUGUUUAUGUUCAGUACUGAAGCAAGAAUUUGAAGAUAAAUAAUUGAGAUGGACAAUCCGGGUCCUUUUUAUCCACACUUUAUCAAGUAAUUUGUGACGACGUGCAGAUCGAAGAUUGCAUUUCGGAGGAUUCUCAAGAAUAACUACAUAUUCCAGAAAGUAUUCUUCUAUCAGAAAGUGGCCAUAUCUGUGGAACCAGAGUACUUAAUGGGUAUGUGUCUUGUUUUAAAUCAUAUGUAAAAAGUGCUCUCAUAUAUAUAUUGUUUGUUAAACAAAGUGUUUUAACUGUUUAAGUUAAUUAUGGAGUGGCUGCAAAGGAUUGCUGCCAGAUCUAAUAGAGAUCUUUCUGUAAAAGGUGUUAACCCUGAAAGUAUUUGGGAUGACUGUUUAUUGAAAUUGAUAGAUGGAUUAAGUGAGAUAGAGCACAGCAAUGUAUUUAAAAAGGAAAGUCAAAAAGUUGCAUUACUGGCAAAGAGCUUUUUGGAAACUAAUGAUGCAAUGAAUGAAUGGUGUCAACUUAAAAAGACCAGUAAUUGUUAUGUAUGUAGUACAACAAAACAAAAAAGGGAUGUUUUGUUAAAACAACUGAAAAAUGUAUGUGUUGUCACAAGGACUAGUUAUUUCCCUACCCCCCCCCAGCAAAACUGUGAAAUCUCCACAAAAGCUGUUAACAGAAGGGAGAUUGCCCCCAAGGCUCUCUUUUGAUAGUGACUUGGAAUCCACGUUAACUGAAACAAAAACUCAAAUAGAAAAUUCUCGGCAAUUGUUGAAAAGUUUUAGUAGGGAUCAAGAAAAUGAAGAUAUUAAUAUAAUGAAAGAAAUGCUUAGGAACCAGACUGAUUUGUUAGAUAGAACCCAUAAAACCCUGUCUCACAUGUCUAAAGAAUUAGACAUAAAUGUUACUAAUUUUGACAAUUUGCAGAGACAGAUUAUUAAUCUGGGUAGUGCUACAGAUAUUUUGUGGAAAGCUACAAAUCAGAAAGAUUUGGAUUUUACUUUGAAAGAGGAACGUGAAAAUGAAAUAGCUCAAAGGUUAAGUUGUGAAAACGGGCAGGCGAGAAGUGAAAUAGGAAAGGGUCAGUUGGAUAUUCUCAAAUUAGCUAAAUUGAUUAAGGAUUUGCCUAAAUAUGAUGAAAAGAGAGGACCUUUUUACAAUAUGAGUGUGUUUGAAGGUGAAAUGAAUAAAAGACAAUUUGAUGAUGUGGUAGCCACAAGAGGUCUUUUGAUCUGGCUGCCAACUUCAUUAAGUGAAUGGGUUAAAGUUAAACUCAUUGAUGUGUUGGAAGAGAAGUCAAGUGAAAAGCCCAGAGUUGAGUUGGAGGAAUUGUUUCCAAACAAUACACAGAGAUUGCUAAUGGUGGUACAGUGUGCAACUGGUGUGGAGAAUUUUCAAUUUUCUACUCUUGAUUCAUUUAAAAUGGAGAAAAAUGAUGAUAUAUGUGUUUGUGCUAAUUUGUGGAAUAAGGCAUGGAAUUUGAUUACUGAUACAGAACCAUCUGCUAUGUCUAAAGAACAACAUAAGCAGAGUGUUACUGAAUUUGUCUCUAGAAUAGCAGGGUUGCCAAAUGAGAUAAAAUUAAGAGCUUUUGAUUCACCCACAGUUGAUUGUGCUGCUACGGAAAUAAUGAAAUCUUUGCAAUUGUUGCAAAAGAAAAACACAGAAACAGCUAAGAUUUUUUCUUUCACAGACACACUUUUCUCUAGGGAUACUUCAGCAGGUCUGGCCCCUAUUAACUAUGUGUCUUGUGAAGAAGGUAGAGGAAGAUAUGAAAAUAAUAAUAGAAAUGGUCAUUUUAGAGGGAGGUCUAUGUAUAAACCACAAAAUUACCAGGGUAUUAGAAAUUAUUCGGCCCCAUCCCAAGAUAGAUAUUAUAGGGUUAGUCAGAAUAGUCCUAUGAUAUGCUAUAAAUGCAACCAAGAAGGUCAUGUUAGGAGAUAUUGUCCCAAAAAUGAAGAACAAUCUUACACAGUGAAAGGGAGAGAAAAUGGCAUUGUGCCAGGCUAUAAGAAUCUACAGAGAGUGGCAGCUGUAGAAACCGAAAAUACAUCUUCAAACCCCCCUCAAAUAUCAAAUCCAUAUGAAGAGUGUAGACGGAUGUUAAAUGCCAUUGAAAUGAAGGUGGAAGCAGUCACAAGUCCACAAGUGAAUUCUGCUUACCACACCAAUAAAUAG